AUGAGCAGCCGAAGCACCACAUUCAAAGUCAUCGUCAUAGGCGGAGGUCCGAUUGGGCUCACGGCCGCGCACGCCCUCCAUCUAGCCGGCAUCGACUUUGUCGUCCUUGAGCGCCUGCCGGAAAUCUUUGAGGACAGGGGCGCUAGUCUCAUCGUCCACCCUCAUACAUUGCGCGUCCUGCAUCAGUUUGGCAUCCUCGACAACUUGCUGCCGCGCGGCGCGGAGUUAAACCAUCAUCUGUCGUUUACGGCUGAUGGACACGUCUUCGCCGAGGGGAAUCGCUAUGGCCUGAUACGUGAAUAUCACGGCCACGGCCCAGUCGCAUUCCACCGCGCCGAGAUCCUCAAAAUCAUGUACAAUGGCCUCCCCGAAGCAGCCAAAGAAAAGAUCCUCACGGACAAGAAACUGACCGACAUAACAACCUCCUGCGACGGCGUCAUCGCAACCUGCGCCGACGGCAGCGUUUUCCACGGCUCGAUCAUCAUCGGCGCCGACGGCGUUUACAGUAAGACCCGGCAGAUAAUGCGCGACCUCGCCCUGAAGGAGAACGCGACUCGGUCGUGGGACCCUGUGCACCCAUACUCGGCGACAUACCAGCUCCUCUUCGGGUCGUUCCCUUCGUCGUCGCCGGCGGGCCAGGGGUACGAUAUCCAGUCGAAGGGGAAGGCGAUCAUGUACUUUAGCGGGCCGGAACGCGGGUGGUUCUUCCUGUAUAAGCAGCUACCGAGGCCAACGAGCGAGCGGACCUGUUACACGCAAAAGGACGUCGACGCGGUCGCGGCAGAGUUUGCCGAGUUUCCGCUAACGCAGACGUUACAGGUCAAGGAUGUCUGGCCUCGGAUGUUGGGGGCGGGGCUGACGAAUCUGGAUGAGGGAAUUGUUAAGCACUGGAGCUUCGGGCGGAUUGUGCUUGUCGGUGAUGCGUGCCACAAGAUGACCACGCAUUUGGGUCUGGGGUUUAACCAUGGGAUCCAGGAUAUCGUGGUGCUGUGCAAUAGCCUGCGGAAGGCUGUUCGAGCAGCGUCUGGGAGUCGGGUGCCCAGUGCUAAGGUGCUAACAGGGAUCUUUGAGAAGUACCAGGCUGUCCGGAUGAGCUCUGUGUGCUCGCUUGAAGGGGACGUUGCGAAGUCUGGGCUUGAGACGAGGAUGCACGCGUGGCAAAACCCCUGCUAUUAUUUGCUUUCGCGGUACCUGUCGGUGCCGCACACGAUCGAAGUCUUGUUCAUGAAGUAUGUGAUGGCGCCGGGGUUUCGCAAGGGUCAAGUGCUGGACUAUGUGCCUGGGAGGAGCGCAUUAAGGGCAAGAUUAGCUGGGUUUAUCCUGUAA